GAUAUAAAAAUGACAUCUUAAUGUAUAUAUGUAUUUCUUCUCUAAUAAAAAUUUGAGAUAUAUUAUAAUUUAUUGUACAAAAUGAAGAUAUUUAUUUUUAUACUAAUUAUUGGAAUAUCACAUGAAGCUUUAUUUGAUAUUGCAGAUAUAUAUCCAAAAUCCGAUAUUCACUUACAAGUUGGAAAAUCAGUAGAAAUAUCAGUUAGUUUAAAGCCAGAACAGAUAAAAAAUGGAUGUACUAUAGACAAAGUUAAAAUAUACAAUAAAGGGACAAAUUUGACUCAUUUUGCAACUAUCUACAAUUCGUCGUCACUAACCAUGAAUAUAAGUAAUGCUCAAAUUGAAGAUUCAGGCUUUUAUCAAAUGGUUUGCGACGAGUCACCCACCAAAAAAUCUUUCCUGGGAGCACGGUACAUUAAGAUUUUAAACCCUCCCACUCCGGUAUACGAUUUCGAAUGUUUCAGCCACAACUGGAUUCAAAUGGAAUGCCAUUGGAAAAUGAAUGACACUUAUGAUCAUCACGUUCUAUAUUACGCCGUUUAUCAUUAUCCCGUCAUCUCUGAAAAAAGCCGGUGCCCAUCAGACCGAGACGAAAAAUAUAGUGAAGGAAGUAAGAAGGUUAAUUGGCGGGUAGAAGCUCCCUCUCAAACCCAGGACAUCGUCAAGUAUGACAAAUCGUCUGUCAAAACGCUCACCCAAUUUUGCAGGUUUGAGAACAAGCCUUUCCAAAAUAUCCACGGACCAUCCAACGAUCAUGAAAUACGCUUUUUCCCGGAUUGGACUUAUUACUUUACCAUUAAAUCAUACAAUGAGAUCGGGUUCAUCCUUCAAAAUUUUACAGUUACACCGAAAGAUAUAGUUAAGCCUGACCCCCCAAGGGUGUCAGUGAUCGCGAAGGAGAACAGUAUAGUUAUAAAAGUUACAUCGGCGGUGAGUAUAUUUCCCGAUACUUUAGCCCUACUCUUUUGCCUCAAUCUAACGAGUCCUGCCCUUCCCACAUUUUGGAAAUUGUGGACCUUCCACUUCUCGCCUCGAAGAGAUGGCUUCUUCUACGACUUUCUACGGGCAGGUCUAAACGAGACCAAGCACUUAAGUCGGAAAGAAAAUGACUCGCAUGCAAGAUUAGAUUACACCGUUUUUGCGAAUAUCAGUGAUGGGUAUAAUGAAAUUGCUGAUCUAAUCUUUAAUGGAUCACGCAAAAUCGAUCGGGCUAACAUUUCUGUCUCUGCUUCUACAUCCAACUCUUUAUCAGGUGACAAUGUUAUCCUCACCCUCAACCACGACACUAACACGAUCGUUAUCUCCAACUUAUAUCCUUAUCUGACCUAUAAUAUUGAGAUAAAAACAAAACCCAUUCAAAAUGGUUAUUAUAGUGAUCCCAACACAUUCUCUGUACGGACACUUCAAGAUGUUCCUCAAUAUAUUCCUGAAACAUCUAUAAGUGGAUUCGAACUUACAAGAAUUUACACCGAAAACAACAAUAAAUUGACCCUUUACUGGAAGUCGGUUCCAGAAGCAUAUAGAUUCGGUUCAAAUUUUCACUACGACCUGUAUGAUUGGGAUACGUUAGUUGCGUCCAAUCUGACCAAUAAUUUUUAUUCGUUGCAACUGCAAAGAUUGGACAUUAAAGCUCACAAGUUUACCAUAACUUCGGGGAACACCAUCGGACAAGGGCCUCAUUCUGCUCCAAUUCCUUUUUGCCAAAAGGAUAUACUGCCAAACCCUCAAAACGUCAGAAUAAUUCAUUACUCACAAACAGCAUAUAGCAUAGCAUGGAAUAAUGCUAAAUCUACCAACCUCAUUGGCUCUUACACGAUAUAUUGGUGUAAAAUUCAUCAAUACAUUCCUUACACUUGUGGUCCGGACAUAAAAUGGGUCAGAUUGGAUAGGAAUGAUACUCGAAUUUUGAUGAUACUAUCGCAGCUGAUCCCAUUGAAUGAUUUCCGACAAAUUAUGACCUUUAAUCUCACUCUUGAUACCAAUUUCCUUGCGGGGGUUGCUUUCGAACCCAAACACUCCAGCUUCUCAUCUCAGGGCAUCGUGUGGGGCUUGUGCGUGCUCAAAUAUUCUCAAGAACCCAAAUCUCCGAAAUUGAAUAGCGAGAGUUGGACAGCCAUCUCUUCUCGUAUUUUAAGAGUGGAAUGGUGGAAAGAGACGUGCCAGUCCGAAGGUGGUCCCGUGGCCACCUACACGCUCUCGUAUGCACCUGAACAUUCACCAAAUCAAAUUACCGUUAUAGCGGGUAUCCCUUACGCCAAUGCCACAUUCGCCGUUUUGUCAAAUCUCACUCCUCACACCACUUACCUCAUAUGGAUGAGAUCCGUCUCGAUAGCCGGAAAAACUAGUGCAAAUACAAACAAUAUACAGGCUACUACCCUUCAAGAUGUGCCUGAAGACCCCUGUUCUAAUAUCAGAAUAGCUUUUAAAAACGAGUCAUUUAUCAAAUUUACUUGGAAUGGACCCUUAAUUAAAAAUGGAAUUAUAGUAGUUUACAGAAUUAACUUAAGCAGCCUCUCUAUCAUCGAUAUCGAAAGCGAUUAUGAUAAAAAUUUAACCAAAACUAAAUCGUUAUCCACGAUAAUAAAACGUAAAACAUCAAAUAGAAGGAUUCAAAAAUUUGAGACACCUUUCAAUUACUUCAUUUACAGAAGCUUGGAUUGGAUUGGUGAUCAGAGGUAUUUCAUCACCGUGUCUGCUUGCAACAGUGUUGGAUGCUCACCCCCUAACACUCCAUUCAUCUUUGACACCCCUAUUAAAGAACCUUCCAAGAUGGAGAUACCUCAAUACACUCUCCUCAAUCGUACGCACAUCACUCUGAAAUGGAAAACGCCCCAAUUUUCCAAUGGACCUUUAGCUCGCUUCGAUAUAUUGGUGAUGAAAGAAUUAAAAGGCGUAGUGAAUCGUUCGUUAGAUAAAGUGAUUCCAGUGUAUAUAUCGAAUAGCUCUUUAUCUUAUUUCAAUUAUAAUUUAUCGGUGGAUUGUUUUGAUACUGCGUGGCAAGUAGGUUCGGAGACGCCCUACAAAAGGAAGGACGAUCUCAAGUAUUACGUAGCCAUUCGAGCCAUCAACUAUGAUCCAUUCAACCAAGUCUACAGAACGGGACCUUUCUCUCAUUACAAAUUGAUCUCUAACGCUUGCUAUGAAAUAUAUUCGUUAGUUGGCAACGAAUCGGACAUAAUAAUUGGAAGCGGAAGCUAUAUGCGCAAAUUAUACGUGAUUGUAGGAUCUCUCAUGUGCACGAUCCUAAUACUCUUUCUCCUAUACUUUUCCAUCAAUCUAAAAAGAGAAAAGUUAUUGAUCUGGAUGAGGAAUAUGGAAUUAAAAGCAACGCUUCCUUGGGACGAAGCCGAAUUUCAAAAGUAUUACUAUUACGGAAUCACGAAUUCGAACAGUCAGGCACUUAAACAAGCUAGAACUAAUGCUCACGGGGGUGAUUCCGACCCUGAAACACUUCAAGUCAUUUCAAAUAUUGAUUUGUAUAUUAUGAAUAGUGAAAAAGAAGCGGAACAAGCCUUAAAUACAUUUUCUCCCACUCAAUCCGAAACAUUAUUUUCUCCUUCCUUCGUCCAAAUCACUCCAUUUUCUGACCAUUCGAAUAAAAGCCAACCAAAUAUUGAAAAUAUAGACGAAAAAGAAGCGGCCACAGCAACUGAAGAUUAUGUGUUUGAGAGUCAAGUUAAUGAAUCACACUUGGGUAAAGACUCUAAGCAUUAUGAAUUGAGUGAUUAUGGUUCGAUGAUUCCAUCCGUAAACAUGUCUCGUCGACCCUCCGUAGCCUACUCUCCCAUGAAAAAUAUAGAAUUCUCUCCGCAUUGUUCAUAUGGAGGAUCACUCUCUUGAUAUUAUUAAUUCGAUAAAAAAAAGUUUUAUAAAUUAGUGUUAUUAUAUCUGUCAUUUGCAAUUGCUCAAUUAUAUUAUUUAUUAAUUAUCUGUCGAUAAUCGUUUACUUUAUUCUAUAACAAAGAAAUUCGUUUUUAUUUAGUUAUAUUAUAUCUUAGAUCGCUGAUGUAUAAUAAUAUAUAUAAUAAGGCCGCGUCCUAGCUCAAUCUAAUUUUUGUUCUUAAUUCUGAAUAGGAAAGCAGCCUGGAUACCACUUUUGGGUUUUUUUAAAUUAAUUUUUUUUUUUCAUUUUGAAAUACGUAAAGGCCUACUUAUUCCUAUUUUUUUAAAUCUAAAUAUUAUUAUUCAGAACACCUAUUUCGAAUUUUAAAAAGAAAAAGAACGAGUAAAAGGAUACAGCCUAAGAGUUAAUUAAAAAUUUUUUAAUUAUUAUAAAAUAAUUAUAUAACGCUAUGGCAAUACUAAAUUUAGUCAUCAUUUAGGUGCUAUAGUUUUUAUAGAGAAUGUAAAUAUUAUAAUAUAUUCAUUUCAUAAUAAAUAUUUUUAUAUCAUAUAUAAUAAUGAAUCAGGGCAUCCACGCUUUAUUAGUGUAUCAUAAUUUUUCAUUUAUAAUAUAUUAAAAUAAAAUCAUUAUAAUAUUUAUAUUAUAUGGAAUUGAUGGACAUUUUAGUUUGAGGUCGAUUAUCUUUAUUUUUCCCAAAUGUCAUUUUUGUAUUGAAAAUGGUAGAAUUAUUAGCUUGACAAUCCAACUGUGGGCAACACUCGGGAUGCAUUGCGUCAUCUUUUCUAACGAUUUUACAUUUUGAAUUCUUGCUCAAACCUAUCAUUCCACAUCUACCAUUCAAAGUUAAAUAAAAUGUCUCAAAUUCAAAUGUAUGUUAAUUAUUAACGACAACUUAUAUUAUUAUAUAUAAAACAUUAUAUUAUAUCAUAUGUUAUUAUUAAAGGAUGUUAAAUGACAGCCAUCUAUGUUG